AUGGAGCGCGUGGACAUCGUCUUCCGCGCCCAGAAGCUCGGCAUCGACAUCACCUACGACGGCGGCCGCCAGGCGGUCGUCGUCGAGCAUUUCGAAAAGGGCGGCGCGACGCUCGACAGCGCGACGCUCGUCGCCGUCAACGGCGACGCCGUGGGCCCCCUGGACCGCGACGCGUUCCUCGCCCUCGCCCAGCGGCUCCAGUCCGAGCCGCGGCCCAUGACGCUCGGCUUCUCGCAGCCGCGGCGCGUCGACGUGACGCCCACGUUCGCCGUCGGCGACCGCGUCCGCGCGCGCUUCCGCCGGGGCCGCAAGUACUUCCCCGGCGUCGUGCGCGCCGUGCGCGGCGCCUACGACGUCGUCUACGACAUCGCCUACGACGACGGCGACGAGGACAGGGACCUCGAGGCGGAUUUCGUGAAGGCGCCCAAGGAGCCGGCGGCGCCGCCGGAGGACGCGCGGCCGCGGCUCACCGCCGCCCUCGACGCGCUCCGCACGAAGCUCGGCGAGCGCGCGGCGGCCGUCGACGACGCGGCGGUCCUCGCGUACGCCGCGGGCCUGGGCGACGACGACGCGGCGGCGCGCGCGGCGCGCGUCGCGGCGUUCCCCGCGGCGGCGUGCGCCGGCGCGGACGGCGCCUGGCUCCUGGCCCAGCUCUCGGGCCCCCAGACCGCGUCCUACGACGCCGCGGCGGGCAAGUGGACCGCCGUGCGCAAGUCCGCCGACGGCGUGUCCGAAUGGCUCGGCCACUUCGGCGACGAGGCGGCGGCGCGCGCCGCGGCCGCGGGCGCCGCGCCGCCGCCGCCGGACGACGGCGACGACCGGUCGCCGUCGCCCUGCAAGCCGCGGCGGCCCGCGCCGACGGACGAGCCGGAGACGAAGAAGCCGUCGCCGCCGAAGCCGGAGAAGAAGCCGUCGCCGCCGAAGCGGAAGGCGAAGGACGAGCCGGAGACGAAGAAGCCGUCGCCGCCGAAGCGGAAGGCGAAGCGGGUCGAGUCGCGCGGCGUCAACGAGCAGAAGGGCCGCUACCGCGCGACGCUCCACCACAAGGGCCAGACCCACCGCCUCGGGUCCUUCGCCGACGAGCGCUCCGCCGCCAAGGCCUACGACCGCGCGUGCCGGAAGCACGGCUGCCCCGAGAAGUGCAACGAGGUCGACGUCUGCGACGUCUGCGGCGAACCGACCGUCGACGAGCGCGGCGACGCGCUGCCCGACGUCGUGCUCUGCGACGCCUGCGACUGCGAGACGAAGCUCGCCUGCGCGGGGCUCGACGCCAUGCCCGAGGGCGCGUGGUACUGCCCGCACUGCGCGUCCGAGCGGGAGGCCGCCGGGGCCGCGGCCGCGCCCGCCGCCGCGCCGGUCGCCGCCGCGCCGGCGCCGCCGCCCGCCGAGGCCGAGGCGCCCGCGCCGGAGCCGCGCAGGGCCGACGCGCCGGAGAAGCGCAAGCGGCCGAAGACGCCCGAGGACCCGCUCGCGGCGCUCCUCGGCGGUCCCGCCGCGAAGAAGCGGCCGCGCGCGGCGCCCGCGGCCGCCGCGCCGGCCCCCGCGGCGUCGAAAGCGGCGAAGAAGGGCAAGAAGGGCGCGGAGGCCGCGCCGCCGGCGCAGCCGGCCUUCGACGAGACCGCGGGCUUCGCGCUCGGCCGGUCGCGCGGCGCGGGCGGCCGGCCGCUGAACCUCGGCAGCGUGCGGAGCGCCUGGGACGGCGCCGCGGCGCCGCCGCCCCGCGACCGGGACCGCGAGGCGCUCCUCGCGAACUUCGACGGCUGGCUCGAGCGCGAGCUCCACCCGGCCAAGGUCGGGCCCUACCGGGACGCGGUCCGCCGCUUCGCGCGCGGCGACACCUUCGACGGCCGCGGCGCGACCAUCGCGCUGCGGAGCCUGGACCAGGCCCUCGUCGACGAGCUGCGCCUCUGCCGCGACGACGACGCGGGGUCCGCGAAGGCCCACGGCGCGCCCCACGUGCCCAGCGAGGCGCUCGAGUUCCUCUGCGCGUUCGUCGCGACGGCGAGCGGGUAA